CAUUAUCCAUCCCAGAAGACAGCAAGAUGAAGAUGAAGACCACCAUCUGUGUGUCCCUUCUCCUCGUAGCUCUGAGCCGGCCCUCCAGCGCUGUGACCGUCAAGGAAGGAGAGUUCCAGUUCUCCCUGGAGGCGGUGAAGGCUCUGGGGGCUGUGAUGGCUGCAGAUGAUCCAGCAGCAGAGCAGAACCUCCUCCUGGUGGAGGCCAAAGCUGCAGCAGUGUGUUCUCACCCAGCGCUGCCCGAAGACUUCAGACCUCUGUGUCUGAGGAGAGAUGCUGGAGCAUCUCUGGCCAGGCUGGCGUUCGUGGCGAUCCACGCUAGUGCCUGUGAGAUCUGUGAGUCAGUCGCCUGCCCCGGCUGCUGAAAGGGAAACCUGCAUCUUUCUCACAAUAUCUGACUUUUGAAUGUAUUAAAGUCCAAAAUGAACAAGCAAGUAAACAGUGAUGCAGACAUAAACAUUACAAUCAAUAAGCAACGUUGGACAGUGAUUGUGACUUGUAUUUAAUUUGUGUAUCACUAUGAGCAGAACAAAUAAAAAAACGAUAUGAUACUUCUACAGUUUGUCUGGUGGAAAGCUUUUCAAUUCAACAG